CCAGUCAUGUGACAGCAACAUUCAAACAAAAUGGCUGAUUACAAAUGCGGAAUAAAAUUAGAUUAACAUACUUCAUUAAUCUAAUUUAACAAGAUUUUAACUAACGUUUUUGAGAACGUUCAAGAUGAAAUUAUUACUCAUCUAUGUCGCUAUUUUAUUUCAAAAAUUAAAUGCACAGUACCCGUUCCGUAAUGUUUCGUUGUCAUUUUCCGAGCGAGUUGAAGACUUGGUUUCCAGACUAACUCUCGAAGAAAUAGCUUCACAGAUGUCUCGGGGCGGAGGAGGUGGGGACGGGGGCCCCGAGUUGCCCAUAGAGCGCCUGGGUAUCGGUAAAUACAGGUGGGACACCGAGUGUAUCCAUGGAGACAUGGUUGACAACGCUACAGCCUUUCCACAGUCUAUUGGCCUGGCAGCUCUUUUCAGUCCAUCAUUGCUGAAGCAAGUAGCCAGUGCUGUGUCCAAUGAAGUGAGAGCCUUCAAUAAUGACUAUGUGAGGCGGGGUUUGUAUGAAACCCACACUGGUCUAAACUGCUUCAGUCCAGUUAUAAACAUCAUGAGACACCCACUUUGGGGAAGAAAUCAGGAAACAUAUGGUGAGGAUCCAUAUCUGUCUGGCACCCUUGCCAGAGCAUUUGUUGAAGGUCUCAAAGGGGAUAACCUCAGGUAUUACAGGGCUAAUGCCGUUUGCAAACAUUUUGCAGCCUACAAUGGACCUGAAGAUCUUCCAGAAUCGAGGCUGAGUUUUAAUGCUCAGGUUCCAAUACGAGAUCUAUUCACCACUUUCUUCCCUCAAUUUAAAGAGUGUGUGAAGAGUGGAGCAUUAGGAGUCAUGUGUAGCUACAACAGUGUUAAUGGCAUUCCUGCAUGCGCUAACAAGAUGUUGUUGACAGAUGUCCUUCGAAACCAGUGGAACUUCACAGGAUUUGUCAUUAGCGACUCAGGUGCGCUGGAGUUCAUGAUUCUGAAUCACAAGUUUACACUAAGUCUUGAGGAUGCAGCUGUGUACAGCGUUUUGGCGGGGGUCAACUUGGAACUGCACGCGGGCCAGUACGCUAGGGGAGUUUUUGAUUGGCUGACAAAUGCUGUAAAGGAUGGAAAAAUUUCCGAGGCACUUCUUCGAGAGCGAGUAAAGCCCUUGUUCUAUACCCGCAUGAAGCUCGGAGAAUUCGACCCACCGUCCAUGAAUCCAUACCUGCAACUCAACAUGUCAAUCAUCCAAAGUCCCGCCCAUCGAGACCUAGCUACCCUGGCAGCCAUGGAGUCCUUCGUUCUCCUCAAGAACAACGGGCUUCUUCCAUUAAGGCAGCAGUUUGAUACAGUUGCGAUUGUGGGACCAUUUGUAGACAACGCGGAACAGCAGCUGGGGAAUUAUGGGCCAGGAAUCAAUCCAGCAUUUACAAGCACUGUGAAGUCCGGGUUAGCAGGUCUUGGCAGACGCGUUAUUACAGAGUCAGGAUGUACAAACACCCUUUGUCUACAUUACAACAGCACAAAAGUCAAGGAAGCAGUACGAGACGCUGACCUUGUAGUCGUGUGCUUGGGAACAGGUCCAGCAAUUGAGACUGAGAAUUUUGACAGGAGCAACAUGUUGUUGCCAGGAUACCAGACCCAAUUGCUUCAAGAUGCAAGAAACUAUGCGCUUGGCAAAGUACUGGUGUUGAUAUUCAGCGGAGGGCCCUUGGAUAUUCGCUUUGCCCACAGUGAUCCGGCUGUUUCUGCAAUUCUCACGUGCUUUUUCCCCGCGCAGGCUACAGGGGUGGCCCUGUACAAUGUGCUGACCAAUAAGAUGCCAGAGAGCAAUCCUGCUGGCCGUCUGCCUUUCACGUGGUACGCCUCGGAUGAUCAGGUACCAGCGAUGGUUGACUACAGUAUGAAGAACAAGACGUAUCGCUACUUUGACGGUGAUCCCCUGUUCCCGUUUGGAUAUGGCCUCUCCUACACACAGUUCCAGUAUGCAAGUCUACAGCUUACGCCGUCACUCAUCAAAGCGGGAGAAAAUAUUACUGCCACGUUCAAGCUGACCAAUACUGGGACGCUGGCAGGCGCUGAGGUUUACCAGGUGUAUAUUUCCUGGUUGAAUGCAACCGUGGUGACACCAAUGUACCAGCUGGUUAACUUCAACCGGACCAUGUUGCAGCCGGGAGAAACACAAACCCUGUCUGCCCAGAUCACCAGUGAACAGAUGGCUGUGUACAUCGAUGGGAAAGGAUUCAUUAUAGAGCCAGGGGAGAUAAUGGUCUACGUUGGUGGCCAGCUACCAGGGCAGAAAACGCAAGUGCCUUCUAAUGUUCUCAAAGCAAUAUUCACCAUUACAGACUCUCGACACUGAAUCAUUUCGAUAUUUAAUCAAAUUGUUAUUGUUUUGUAUUGUUGACUGAAGAAGUGAAUGUUGUUAUGAGAUUUUAUCGACAAACAAUGGGAAAACAUUUUAUUGUUCAAAUGUCUAUUCGUUUAUUAUUGGUUAUUGUAAACAAACCAUGAUUCAGAGUUUUUAUAUGUGAAAAUAAAAGAGCUUCCAAUAGACUUAUUAAUACCCCCGCUUCAUAUAAAAUAUGUCUAUGCCAUAAACUGCCAGCAUAGCUCCAGACCAACUUGCUCAGUCUGGUCAGAAGCUAUGCUGUUUGUUAUAAAAUACCCAAGGUUUCAUGGUCUUGUUAGUGGGUAGGAUUGCUCCUGACCAGAAUGGGCAGAUGCGCAGGCUGGUAUGCAGCUAUGCUGGCCACAUAAGACCCAUUUUGACAUGAUGUGGCUCAAUAAUAAUUUUUGUUUCUAAUAAAAUAUUAUUUGUUAAAUAGUUAUGACAUUGAAAUAAAAUUAUAUUUUUCUA